GAUUACCAAAAGCAAAAACUUCAUUCAUACGCAUUUCAACUAAAUUAGUUUCAAUGAAAUCUGGCUCCUUGCUUUUCAGAGGAAUGCAAGUUCAUAUGUCGCAGCAAGUUCCAUUGAAGAAAGCAGACCCUUGAUUCCUAUUACCCUAAUAAAUCCUAGCCGUCAAAAACUAAAACCCUAACUACUUAAACUCAGCAGCUUCGCUCAAAUCUCUUUUCUUCUUUCGCUUCUCUCACUCUCACCAGUUGCCUCCGCCACUGCUCAGUACUCACCACCUCCAUCACCACAUCUCCAUCGAGAGCACUACCACCUCUAAAAGACUGAGAGGAGCAGCAGGAGUUGUUCAUCUGUAUAGUUGCGUUAAUACUUUGAGGAGCAGCACACAGAUUACAUGACAACCCCCGGAUUGACUUGGGAUUGGAGGCCCAAAAUUUUAGGGUCUGAGGUUAGGCUCCAACAUCUUGAAAACCAUGCUGAAAAGUUGCUGGAGAUAUCUUUAUGCGAGGAUUUCUACACUGGAGACUCUUUUACUUUUGAACUUGGUCAAAAUUACGUCUACUCUAUAGACGAGGACGACGAGGAAGAAGAUGAAGACAACAAAUUGUUAAUGGAGUUUUUAUCGGACCCGAAAUCCUCAAAAUCCUGCACUUUCACAUUCAAGUUUGAGAAACCACCAAAAGAGUCAAUGAGGGCUUUAUUUGUGCUGGAAUUGGUUCACCAAGGUGAUGAUAAAGAGAAUCUAUGCCUUACUAAUAUACUUCAUUUUACAAAAGACGAUUACGAGUACGUGUAUGAAAAUUGCCUGGAGCUAGAGUAUCUAGAGGAUAAAAAGUUUAUUCAUACUCACAGGUCUAGUCGAUAUCUCUCUUUUAAUAUCCACAUCCAUCAUUUAAGGGAACCGGAAGAUCCUGGGUUUCCAUGCAUGUACAUGUCACCAAUUUUAAGGUCAUACAUGCUAAGUUUUUACGGACUGGAGGUUAUAGGUGCACUGAAAGAUGCUUGUGCUGAGUUGGCCCAAGAUUUGUCACUGUCUGCUGAUAUCUGGAGUUCCCUACGAAAAGAAACCAAAAGCCAUCUGGAAGAAAAUUUCUUUAAUUCAUUUGAUAAGAAUCAAAUUUGGGGAAUCAUAAACGCAUCAUUUCCGCAUGCAACUUACUAUCCAGCACUGAUGGAGCUAUUGCAUUUGGGAAUUGAAAGAGCAGAUGAUCUUGCAAAGCCUUACAGGGAUAAACUUGGUUUGGAGCAAUUAAUUUCACAUCCACCAAAACCCGUCUCAGAGGGGCAGGAACCUGUUCGUGAACCUGAUAUUGACACUCUCUGUCUGAAGGGAAAUUUUGGCCAUGUAACCAGGACGUAUGUACCAAAAUAUGCUAGUGCGAUGAGUGCUAAGGUUGAACUGAAAACUUACGAUGAUCUUGCUGGUGAAUGUGUAUUAUCUGGAUGGUGCGCCAUCCAAUUGAUUGCUGCAGCGCGUUGUUUCAGUGAGGUGGUGACCACGGGUGUCUCAAAAACUUCUUCUAAGUCAACUCCUGCAAAGUCCACUCCACGAAAGAAUAAGAGAAGCAAAAACAGAAACAGAGCAUCGAAAGAACCAACAAUCAGAAAACCUCCUCCCCAAUCUCACAGGCCUAUGCCAAAGUUUGUAACAGGUAGCCCAAGCAACAAAACAACUCUUGUCAAUGUACUCAAACAAAAAGACGUAAAGCUCCAACAGAAGGAUGCAAGAAAUAUGGUGAAAUGGAUCGGAUUUGAUCAUCCGGAGAAGAAUUUCACCGGCAGAGUGGACUGCGAUGGAUCACUCUCUCUCUCCAGGGGACUGCCGCUGGAUACAGCCGUGUUGUCAGAGAAGUCGAUACCAGUGAUGGAAAGAUUAAAGUUGUAGUUGCUGUUGCUGCUGCCUCUGAUCCUGAAACGCCACAGGUGCAUGAACUCGAAGGGUUGUACUGUUUUGAUGGAGUUUUAAAGUAUGGGUUUUCUUUUGAUUUCGGUAGGCCAUGUGAUGUUCUAAAGAUACUGUUUGUAAGGCGAAUUUUAAGCCCGGCAAGAUUUGGUUUCAUGGGUGAAUAUGGGCGAAUAAAUAAGAUAAUUGCUUAGUAGAACUUGUUUGUUUGCAGCUGACUCGGCGUCUGAAUCUGAGUCAACCCUUGACUCGGGCCGAGUCAGCAGUUAGACCGUUUGUUUUCCAUUUUGAGUCAGAUCUGACGCGACCUAUUUUCUUCU